AUGGAUAAUGAAUACAAUGACCCAACACCUAGUGAAGGCUCUGCUAGCCACAACGACAUACAAAUGCAUUCUUCAAUCACUCUGCGCCUCAUAGCCAACGAGGUAGAGCAAAUGCAACAGAACGUGAUCUAUGCAGAGCACCAGCGGGCUGUUGCACUUGGGGAUCUUGAAUGCACUCAUAGAUGCCUCCUUGUAGUGCGGGAUGAUGCUUUGACCUGGCAAGCCCUCCAAUGCACUAUGUACCUCAGAGGUCAAGCAGAGAUCGAUGACCUCAAGGAGGAGAUCGAAGCACUACAACAGGAAAGUUUACUUCCCAGCGCUGUACGCAAGCAGAACUUGACGGCUCGAAGCAUUCAAAGAGUUGUAAGAGCACCUUCUUUGCUCUAUGUGUACCUUGCCAAUCACAGAUGCUUCCCUGAAUGGUUUCACACAUUGACCACCCGUUUCUUGGAAGGCGCUGAGCCUGAAGAGGGACAGACCAGUCCCAAAUUGACAUGCAUGAAUUGCAAUAAGAAAGUCCUCGCUGUUCCCAUUCACAACUACCUGGUUGAGAGCACUGCCAGCGGCUUGCCAGAUGCUCUCGAUGUCGACCACAGCAAUUGGUCGUCCCAAUGGCACCACUGGUGGCUGUUGGGUCCCAAGGUCAGAGGCGACAUGGUCACAUCUGACAACAGUUUGUCGAACACUUUCAAUGCUGAAAUGAACAGGGGGCCAGGACUGGAGGAGAGCUCAAUGGCAAUGGAAAUGUAA